AUGGCUCGCAUUGCACAGCAAAAGCGAAAGGCUGGUCACGUGGGUGAGAGGGAACGAGGUGGAGUGGAGCGAGGGGAGGGUGUUGUAGCGCUCGGUCCACGGGCGGACAGGGAUCAAGAAACCAAAGGCCCGCACGGCACACGCUGCGACAUGCAACCUCCCCCACACCUCCCCCCAGCCUCAACCGCGGGGCAGGACGUGAUUGAGCCAAGAUUGACGGACGAGGCAGAAAUGCCAGCGCAGUCAUGCCGAGCCAUCUCUGUCCUCGCCGUUGCACCCCUGCCAGGCCAUGUUCGUCUUGUUCAUGGCCGCCCGGCCAAUCGCGUGCGCGCCUCCAAGCCAACACCCUUCCCGGCCCAAGACGUACCCGCAAGCCCGGUAGAGGCAAUGGCACUACAGGCCAAGUUGCAUGACAGUACUCUGGUACCUACUGUCGGCUCCUGUGCUAGCCGGCCGUCUCACUGUGGCACGUAA